AUUACACCGACGACACCGACACGACAAUGCUCGCAUUAUCAAGACUGGCAGCAGCAGCAAGAGGGACCAGGGCAGUGGCGCCGACAGCGACGUCGAUAACUGCGCUCGCCCAACUUCGGCACUACGCCGGCGACCCGGGACCCUCGACCCAUCGCCAGGCCCAGCGCCGCCGGGUGCGCGAGUCGGUGGCCCAAGGACGCGCGAGCACACUCGCCAGCUUUGACCAGCUGCAGGGUGUGUUGGACGGUGGUAGGGGUGCGCCGAGGGAACGAGCGGACCGGGGGCGCGGCGAGCGGGGGGACCGCACCGAGCGUCGUCCUCGAGAGGAACGUCCCGCUUCGCAGCGCAGCUUUGGGCUUGCAGCCGGCGGAGGAAAUCGCCGGCAAGGCUUCGGCGACCGUGGGGACCGCAGCGGUGGACGGAGUGAACCUCGCGGCGGCCGGAAUGACCGCGGCGAAGGCGGCGUCCCAUCGCGCCCUCGCUCCUCCGGCUCAUCUCGCCCCCGCCCACCAGCCGACGACUGGGUGCCCCGCGGACAACCCGCCGCCGACGCCACGCCGUACAAGACCUCGCUCAAGAUCAAGAAGUGGAUCGACCGGCACCCGUCGCCGCUGUCCCCGGGCCAGGUAGACGAGGUGAUCAACCUCGUCGCUGAAGCGCCUUUGCCGACCGUCAACGCCGCCGUGUGGAACCUUGUCCUGGCGCUGCUCGGCCGCGAGCACAAGUACGACCGCAUGUGGAAGGCGUUCAACCAGAUGAAGCGCCGCGGCACCAAGCCCACUUCGCGUACGUUCACGACGCUGUUGAAUGCCUACGCCGGUGUCGCGCACGUCAACGCGCCGAUCGAAAAGUUCAACCCCUCGGCCCGCCCAGAGCGUCUCACCCUCGACCGCGUAAACAACAUCUACAACCAGUCGCAGGCGCAUAUCCGUGCCGUGAUGGAGGCUGCCAAGGACGAGGAUGAUAUCGGCAUUGCGUACCCCUCGGCCAAGAAGCAGGCGCAGGCCGCGGCGGAGAUCAACGAGACCGAGGUUAACAUCGUGCCGACCAACUCGUACCUCAAGUUCUUGGGUCGCUUCGGUCUCUGGGAGGAGAUGCAGCGAGUGUUCCACGCCAUGGACACUACCGGCCCGCUGUCGCCAGACCAGGUGACCUACUCGGCUAUGCUCAGCGCGGCGAACAAUAUUGACCACUACCGCCGCUCGACGGCACGCAACCCCAAGGCGACGCAGCUCGCUGAGCUGAAUCUCGGCGCGACUGCCCGUGGACUCUGGGAGCAGGCCGUCCGCCAGAUGUGUCCUGCCGGCAAGGCGCACGGCAAGCGCGAGCUCGAUGAGCAGCUAGCCCUCACCGCGCUCGAGUGCCUCGUGUCUGGCCGCCCAGAGGACCAGCGGCUGGUUGAGCAGCUCGUUCCGAGGCUCUGGGCACUGCCCGCCUACGGCCAGGUGACUGUCGCGUCGUCCAACCCAGUGCCUGCUGGCUCCAACCUCCCAGCGUCGAUGGAGCACCUCCCGCGCUUCAAGCUCAACGUCAAGAGUGCGACCGCCCUCAUGAGCCUGCUCGCCCGCGGCAAGGCGUCCGUUGGGGCCUACUACACGGACAAGAUCAUCAACACCCGCGAUCUGCGAAAAGACCUCGACUUUGCAGCACUCCGCGUGGCCGUGCACAACUUGUCCGCGAUGAACGACGUCGACGCGGCCAAGGCCAUCAUCGAGAGCUACCAGCCUCCGACGGGGCAGGACGGGUGGCCGCGCGACGUGUGGCACGCGGUGAUGCUGGCCGCGCGCUGGUCCAAGGACUGGGACUCGGCACUGGGCGCCUUCUCACGCAUGGCACAGUUGCCAACCGACGGCAAGGCGUACAACUGGAAGUCGCCCAACGGCAAAAAGCAAGAUGUGCGCGGCACGGCGUGGGUCAAGCCGCGGGCCGUGGUCCCGGACGCCGAGAGCGUCGACCUGCUGCUCAAGACCGCGCUGGUGACGGGGGUGAAGAACGUGCGGAGCGCGCUGGGCGUGUACGAGCGCUAUGGCGAGGAGCACUUCUUUGUGUGGAAGCAGGUCGUCUCGCGCGGGCCUACGACCGAGGUGGACAUGAUCGCCACUCGCCGGCCGGCCGCCGAGCUCAACUACUCCUCGCGCAAGGCCGUCGAGCGCGGCGUCGAGCUCGCCAAGACGCUCGAGCAGGCGGCCGAGCGCGUGGGCGAGUAUGCGAGCGGCAAGGAGAAGGAGCACAUGGAGGCGUUGGCGCGGACGGGGCGGAUCAUCGCGGACAACUGGGGCCAGGUGUUGAAGCGGGCCGCCGAGGCGCCGGCGGCGUCGGCGUAGACGGGUAGUAGUAGCAUUAUACAUCAUCACAGCUCUCUCUAGCAUAUGCACACAUACAGCUCAUA